UUGGACCAGCUCAUUGCGGAAGUCGUCGAGACCCACUUUUUCUUCACAAACCCACAAACAACUGGGAUCAUCCGCCCCGGCGUCGCCUCGUCGACCUGUCCUGCUGCAGUUCGCAUCACGAGGCCUGUACUUGUCACCUUGACGACGUGUAGAUUGGCGAUACAAACCGACGCUUUUGCUUGGCUCUGCCUACCGGCGAGGCGUCGUGGAAUGUGCACCGGUUCGGGGUGUCGAAAUUGUUUGCCGUCAACAUCGACAGUCCGGAUUGAUUGGUAG